GAGAAUGCGGCGGUCUUUUGUAAUCGUACAACAGCGAUGUUUUUCUGAUCACAUAUUAAACGUUGAGCGACGCAAUUUUGCAAAAUAUCUUGAAAUGAAUUCGCCGAAAACACUUAAUGCCUUGUCACUCAAAAUGAUGGACAAUUUAAUCAAUGAAAUUAGCAGUCUCUCUGUGGAUGACAAAUGCGUCGUUAUCAAGUCCUCGAGUAAACAUUUUUCUGCCGGCCAUGACUUGAAAGAGCUUAAACAAAAUGAAGCCUGCAGUCAGGCUUCAGCUGUGUUUACUCGAUGUAAAGAGCUUAUGACCGCCUUGAAGUUAGCACCUGUUCCCGUGAUAGCUGUUAUUGAUGGCGUUGCUUUAGCUGGCGGCUGUCAGCUUGCUGCAUCUUGUGAUAUGGUUCUUGCUUCCCGAAAAGCAUCUUUCGGUUUACCGGGAAUAAAAAUUGGUCUGUUCUGUACUACACCUGCUGUUCCGGUUGUCCGAUGUUUGCCCACAAAGCUAACCUUUGAAAUGCUAUGCACUGGAGAACCAGUAUGCGCGGAAACUGCUUUCAAACACGGCCUUGUUAAUAAAAUAGCCGAUGGUUCUGAACAACUUCACGAGAUGUGCGACGAACUAGUGGCGAAAAUUGCGAAUCAUAGUCGCGAAGUGAUAGCGCUGGGAAAAUCUGAGUUUUAUAAUCAACUCUCUAAAUCUACUCUUGAAGAAGCAUAUAACUCGGCGACUCCCGUGAUGACACAGAACGCUGAGCUUGAACAAUGUCAAGAAGGAAUUACUGCGUUUUUUGACAAAAGAAAACCCAAGUUUUCGUCGUAGGAACAUCAAGUUUAUUCUUUAUUUUAUAA